AUGUCUGACGAAACAAAUCCCCAACCCUCUCCUGUUCCCCCUGCUGCAGAGCCUGUAUCCGCGCCAGAGGACAUGUCCCCAACCAAAGAGACCGGAGGCGCGAAUGGCAGCAAGGACGAGAGCGGCACACGUCAGCCUGCUGGAGAAGUCGCGACUGAAGCUCCGGCAUCAAUCGAGUCCCUUGAUCCGGACAACACAAACAGCAAACAACCCACCGACGUCACAGCCAAGGACAAACCCACCGACGACCAGCAAGACGUGGAAAUGGCCGAUAUUGCAAAGGAAAAGGACGCGCCUUCUGCUGCAGUCACUUCUCCAGAUGCUUCCGGCGAAACGCCGACCUCAGCCAGCAAAGGUAAAGGUCGACGCAAGUCUGGUGGUGUUCCCGAACAUAAAACAAAGAAGCUCAACAAGAAGGCUUCUAAGGCGAAGAUGACGCACACUGAUGCUAAGCCGGGCGACUACUUCUUCGUUAGACUGAAGGGAUAUCCAUUAUGGCCUGCAAUCAUUUCCGAUGAGUCGAUGCUCCCUGCCCCUCUGCUCAAGAGCCGGCCAAACUCAGCUGCCCGACCAGACGGUACAUAUCGGGAGGGCUACGAGGACGGAGGACCUAAGGCAAAAGACCGCACAUUUCCGGUCAUGUAUCUUCAUACCAAUGAAUUCGGCUGGAUCCCAAACUUCGAUCUUGUUGACCUUGACCCCGAGGAGGUAGCAGCUCCUAAAUCAGUCACGCGAAAGGACCUACAAGCUGCCUACCAACUCGCUGCUGAGCAGCAUAAUUUGCAGUACUACAAGGAUGUCUUGAGAGAUUUUAUGGAGACACGUGCCGCCGAGAUAGCUGCAAAGGAGGCCGAGAUAGCUGCGAAGGAAGCCGCGAAGGAAGCUGCGAAGGCCGCCAAAGCUGCAAAACAGGCAAAGAAAUCUGACAAGUCUGAGAAGCGAAAGUCUGUAGCGGUUGUAGAGGAUGAUGAGGAUGCCGAGAUGGCUGAAGCCGCCGAGGUGGAUUCUGAGGCAAAUGGUGGCCCAAGUGAGAAGCCUGCCAAGAAGACCAAGAAGCGUAAGGCCACUGAUGAUGCUGAGACACCACAGCGGGCGGAUUCGGUCAAGAAGCCUAGGCCUACGAUUAAGUUGAAUACUCCCAAGACGGCCAAUGGCGCCGCUACCCCAAAAUCGACAAAAGAUCAAUCAGUGGCCAAGUCAUCAAAGGCCAAGGCUAAGAAACCUGCUGCAACGGAUGAAGCUACUUCUGAAGCCGCCGUUCCAAAGAAACCGGAACCCACAGCCGAACAGAAGCGAGCUACCAGACAGACGGAGGUUUUGUUUUUGCGACACAAGCUUCAGAAGGCCUUGCUAACUCGAGAUCAAGAACCGAAGGCAGAGGAGAUGAAGCAGAUGUCUGAAUUUGUUACCAAACUCGAAGGCUAUUCAGAGCUUGAGGUCUCCAUCAUAAGAGCCACAAAGAUCAACAAAGUUCUCAAGGCCAUCUUGAAGCUAAACACCAUCCCCCGAGAGGAGGAGUUUAAGUUCAAGUCCCGGUCUCAAUCCCUUCUUGACAAAUGGAACAAGCUUCUUGCAAGUCAGCAAGGUACCCCCGGAGCUCCAGCCAACACAAAUGGCGUUGGUUCGGAGGAUAAGACUGGAUCCAAGGCCUCUCCGGUUGGGCCUGCAAAUGGUGUCAAGGAGUCAUCUGAUGAGCCCAAGCCUGAUGAAAAGGGUUCCACAGAGGCGUCCCCAGUCGCUGCGACUAAAGAGGACGCGGCAUCCGACAAAGCUGUUCCUCCACCUGCUGAAGAGGCGACCAAGGAGUCGACUGUCCAGCCGGCUGCAGAGGCGACUGCUGCCUAG